AUGGUAGGGAUCUUAGGAGUUGGGGGAAUUGGUAAGACAACUCUAGCCAAAUCAAUUUAUAACUCAAUCGCUUUUGGAUUUGAAGCCAGUUGUUUUCUUGAAAAUGUUAGUGACACUGCGAAUCAAAUGCAUGGUGUGGUCCAACUGCAAGGGACCCUUCUUUAUAAGAUCUUUGGAGAUUGUAAAAGUUUGAUCGUUGAUAAUAUUGCUACAAGAAUCACAACGAUAAAGCACAUGCUUCGUUCUAAAAGAGUUCUUCUAAUUCUUGAUGGUGUAGAUCACUUGAACCAAUUAGAAACCUUAGCAAGAGGUCAUGAUUGGUUUGGUGAAGGAAGUAGAAUCAUAAUCACAACAAGAGAUCAACACCUGUUGCCUACUCAUGGAGUUGAUUCAACAUACAAGAUGAGGGGAUUGAAUCACGACGACGCUUUUAAACUAUUUUGUUGGCAUGCUUUCAAAAGAAAUAAACCGAAUGACGAUUAUGGGGAAUUUGUAGAACAGAUCAUAGAUUAUGCUGGGAGCCUUCCACUAGUUUUAACUUCGGAUUUAUAUGGCAGAAGAGAAAAAGAGACACUACAUAGUUUUGGUUUUUGCCCAAAGUUUUUGAUCCCAAGACUUAAGGAGAAGUGCCUUAUUUCGAAGGAUUUCGACAAAAGAUUGCAAAUGCACGACUUGUUACGAGAUAUGGGUAGAGAAGUUGUUCGACAAGAAUUGGCUAAAAAUCUAGGAACACGUAGCAGAUUAUUCUUUCCUGAAGACGUUCGUGAUGUACUGGAGGAAGAUAUGGGAACAGGUAGUGUUGAAGCAAUAGUGGUAGAUGUGCCUGAAGGCGAUGGCAUGAUACGCUUGAGAUCAAAGCCAUUUAAGAAGAUGAAAAGACUCUGA